GGUUCUCGAAGGUCGCGGUGCCAACCCAUUUCGCCCGUUUCCUUCUCUUGCCCUUUGGACCCCCAGGCAGUCCCAGACAGUGAAGAGCAGGACCUUUUCCCUGCUGUGGACCCAGGAAUAAACAGCCCAGAGCAAGAGUUAAGGGUCAGGCCCAAGGUCACGGUUUGGGGUCAGAGGCAGAGCCAAGAAAGAACCUGGGACUGCUGUCGCGUUCAGCCUAGCCAGAGAGAGAGGGCAGAGAAGGAUGAACCCCCACAUCUCCCUGCCCACCUUGCCCCUUCCUGAGGAGCAAUCAUUAGUGUGUACGUGCCUCACACACACCCAUGCACCUGCACAGGGAGGCACCCCACAAACACCCAUGAGCUAGUGCAGGGAUGCAUGUGUACAGCCAGGAGCUGUGUAUCCCCCCGCCCCAGGCCCCGCCCUUCUGCACCUUGGCUGGGACCCUGUCCCACCUUGCCUUACCGGGGGCCUUCUGGCCUGGGAAGAUGUAAGCCACACCCUGGUCUGGGCCCAUCUCUCACCCUCUGUUCCCAAUGGAGGAGGGAGAGGGAGGAGAAGCACCUCAGAGUGGGAGCCCCAUACCUGCAUGUGAAUAUAUGCUCCCUGCUCCCCUUGUCUCCCUUGUCCCUGGCAGCCCCUAGCUCCCCAUGGAGGUCCAGUGACCCUAAGAGCCUGCAGGGAAGCCCUGCCAGAGGACCUGACUUUAGCUGUCUCACCUUCCUGCCUUCUGGUCUCUCCAUGCUUACCAUCCACCCCCCUCACCCCUGUUCCACAAACACAGCUUGGAUUACACAGUGGGCUAGGUAGGGAGCUCCUGUGGCUCCUCUUCCCAAGCUCCAAGAAACAGUUGACUGGGGGGGGGGGGCGUCCAUAUACUGGGUACUUACUGUGGGCAGGGGUUACGCUGAGCUAAGUCUUUGCUAAGGACCAGUUCAUUCUGACAUUUCAAUGACCUUAUGACCUGUGAGGCUGUGAGGGAGGUGGGGUAUCGUUUGUUUGUUUGUUUGUUGUUAAUCUCUACCUAAGACCCAGGAGAUCUGAGACCCAAGAGGUGGAGUGACAAGCCUAGGGUCAUCUGAUUCUUGGGCAAAUGUUUCCCUCCUGGAAAGGAAAAAGCUGCAGUAAUUUUUUUUUCCUCCAAGAAGGAGCACCCAGGGGGCCAGGGAGCUCCUUUUCUCCCAGGAGGUGGCAACCUGCAAGUAUAGGAAGGGGCCACAGACUGGGACACCACUGAUGUCAGAAGCGAGCUGGCAGGUUGACUGACCACAGGCAGUCGCUCAGCCAGGGCCCUGUCAGUAUCAGCAUGAACUCCAGGAUCCCCCCUGCCCGGGGCUGGUUCAGCAGCCGCCCACCCACCUCUGAGCGUGACCUGGAGCCUGCCACAGAGGGGCCAGCCUCCGAGACCACCACCCUCAGCACAGAAGCUACCAGCUUUAAUGACACCAGAAUCCCUGAUGUGGCUGGUGGCACAGCUGGUGUGGGCACAAUGCUUCUGUCCUUUGGGAUCAUCACCGUCAUUGGACUGGCUGUGGCCAUGGUUUUGUACAUCAGGAAGAAGAAGAGGCUGGAGAAGCUCCGCCACCAGCUCAUGCCCAUGUACAACUUCGACCCUACGGAGGAACAAGAUGAACUGGAACAGGAGCUGCUGGAGCACGGGCGGGAUGCUGCUUCCAUGCAGGCUGCUGCCUCUGUGCAGGCCAUGCAGGGCAAGACCAGUCUCCCCUCUCAGGGCCCACUGCAGAGGCCCAGCCGGCUGGUGUUCACUGACGUAGCCAACGCCAUCCGUGCAUGAUUGGCCCGAGGACAGACCUGGACCUCUGGUGAAGACAUCUGCCAUGGUGCCCCUUGAGCUGCCCACUCCGUGAUUGUUCAGACCCACUCUCAGGACCCACACUGCUGAGGCCCAGCUGUUCCAAGGACCCACCUGCUGACUCUCUAGGCUCUAAGAGAGGGCCCUGGCCAGGCUGCACAUCUGGCUACUAAGGUCUCCUGAUUAGGAAGAGCCACUACUGGCUUCCUUGUGUCCUGCCCAGACCCCUCACAUCGGGGUCUGCUCCUCUAAUGUGGAGGAAGUGGAGGGAGAGAUGGGAUGGGAGGCGGAAUGGGAGGCGAGUGGGGAGGGGUUCCCCUUUGUCAGGGAGAGACCUGUCUUUGGAAGCUGGGGCCUCCUCUGGAGCAGGGAGGGGCAAUCAACCGGGUCUUGGGGACAGGGUGUGGUAGCACCCCGGCAGAAGCCCAGGGAUGGAACUAGAACUGCCUGGUGGGCAAGGAUGCCAGGAAGAGGGCUGCUCCUACCCAAGGCCCAACUGUAUCUUGGAGGGUCCCCAAGGCCUCCCAGUGCCUGCCGCCUCCCCCCUGGCAGCCAGCCAUUGGCUUGGUAAGGGGAAAGAAGGCAGGGGAAUAGGUGUAGAGGGCCCCAGGCAUGUGCUUGUGUGCAGGCAUGUGCCUGUCCCAGCACAGGGUAGGAGGGACAUGCUCUACAUGGGCUCCACCCUCCAAGUCCACCCUACCCCAUGAUGUGUGGGGUAGCACCAGGAUAGGCCGCUUACUCUGCCUCAGUGGUCAGGGACUGAAAGGAGAGGGAAGCCAAGGUGAAGGCCCUGCUGCCCACCACAUCACUUCACUGGGCUCUACAAGCCAGGUAACCUGCUUCUGAAAACAGUUCCCCAUCCUGGUGUAUACUGGGAAUCUAGGGUUGUGGGAGAGGCUACCGGUUAGAGGGCAGUGGUCCCAGGCUGUGGGGUAUCUGGGGACAUUCUGAGCGCCUGAAACGGGGUGGGGGUAGCCCUAUGAGAAACAGACCUAUUUUUGGAUAGCACAGCCCACCCACCUGUCAUCCACCCACCCCACAUCCCUCAGGAAUUCUUCUACCAGUCUGGGGCAUCUGGGCAAGGCAUGGGACCAAGCCAGACCCCACGAGCUGAGUGACUUUCUACUCUGGACGAAGAUGCCCAGAAGCAUGCUCUGUGCCCAGCCUCUCCACCAUUGCUGCCCUCCGCUGCUUGGAAGGGGACGCGGGGGCGGCAGCACAGCUCCUCUGUCGGGCAUAUAGCAUGUGUCAGGAGGGGAGGGCCAGGGAGACCCAUGUGGGGAAGAUUUGGGAUGUAUUCCCUCCUCUGGAGGUUAUAAAUACAUUAGCACUUGAACCAACUGGAGGGCUGUGGGUAAUUUAGGAUAUGCACAGACGCUGUAAUGGAACUCAGCACCUCCAUGUG